AUGAAUAAAGUCAAAUUCAAGGUCAUUAGGGCUGGCCAACUCUUUUCCCAUUCAAAGGUCUCCCGUCAGAAAGAGAUAGCGUGCGGAAAUCACAAGAAGUAUAAUGAUGUAAAUAAUUUUGCUUUCGCUUUCAGUGUAAUAGAAGAUAUGCAAACAGACGGAGGAAAGCAAAGCUACUUCAAAUUGAAUAAAAAGAACCUUGAGUUGUGUAACAAAUUUGAGUCUGAGGGAGGCCGUGAUGACCAGAGCGAUGAUGAACGAGGCAGCGCCAACCCCACCACUGAUGUCCGUUCCUGA